AUGUCGGGGGACUGGGAAGAAGACCUGUGUAAGAAGGCGCUCAUGCUGGUGGAGGAGCUGUGCUUCAGUUCUGGAGGAUUAAGCCAGAGCGCCAGUUGUCAGGAGUUCAGUUACUUACUGAGGGGUCGCAGCCGACAGCUGGAUACAGAGAUCUCAGUGAGUCUACUCUCGGUCAUUGUAACAUUCUGUGGCAUUGUCCUGCUCUCUGUCUCUCUUUUUGUCUCUUGGAAACUCUGCUGGUUGCCAUGGCGAGACAAGGAAGGAGGAGGUCUGAGUUUGACAUCGGGGCUCCUCCCUGGGGGGGUGGGUUUGGGGGGGGUUGGCGGUGGCGGAGGCUCCUCUCUCCUGCCUCCUCUGCUGCAGAGGAAGGACACGCACUCCUCCUCAUCCCUCUAUCCUUCGCUUUCCCAGCCCUCCCAGCACCACCCGCACUUUGACCUGAUGGGUGUGGAUAGUGGUGGGGGCGUGGGGGUUGGUGGAGUGGUAGGAGGACCACAGGAGACGCAGGAGCACUCCUAUUUGGACAUGGACUCCUAUCCCAACAACGCUGGGAAUCUGAAAUUGAGUCAGACGUCUCCAGAGUUGCCUCCGGGCACAGAGGGGGCUGCCCAGGUUCAUAGAGACCUCCCCAAUGCUCAUUCCCAGCAGCAGGUUUCUGCCCGGCCCAAACCCAUGACUCACCAGCUGUCCAGUCCAGAUUUCCAUGGUGAGGAGAAGAGUGAGCAGGUAACCAGCAUUGGCCAGAUCAAACCAGAACUUUACAGACCACGUCAGGACCAAGGGGAAGGGAAACAGGGUGACACCUGUGGAAAGAUCUGCUUUCUCCUGCGUUAUGCCUUCAACACAGAGCAGCUGGUAGUGAAGAUCCUGAAAGCCCUGGACCUGCCCGCCAAGGAUGCCAACGGUUUCUCUGACCCCUACGUCAAGAUUUACCUACUGCCUGACAGAAAGAAGAAAUUCCAAACCAAGGUCCACAGAAAGACCCUGAACCCUGUCUUUAAUGAGACGUUCCAGUUUGGUGUCCCUCUGGCUGAGCUGCAUUCACGGAAACUACACUUCUCCAUCUACGACUUCGACCGCUUCUCCAGACAUGACCUCAUAGGUCAGGUGGUAGUGGACAACCUGCUGGACUUCAGUGAAGGCAGUGCAGACAAGCCAAUCUGGAGGGAUAUCGUGGAGGGAACUGCGGAGAAAGCUGACCUAGGGGAGUUGAAUUUCUCACUGUGUUACCUGCCUACAGCAGGCAGACUGACAGUCACCAUCAUCAAAGCCACCAACCUCAAAGCCAUGGACCUAACUGGUUUCUCAGACCCAUAUGUGAAGGCGUCUCUGAUAUGUGAGGGACGGAGGCUGAAGAAGAGAAAGACAUCCAUAAAGAAGAACACACUGAACCCCACGUACAAUGAGGCGCUUGUUUUCGACAUUCCCAACGAGAACAUUGAGAGUGUUUCUCUAAUAAUAGCGGUCAUGGACUAUGAUUGUAUUGGCCAUAAUGAGGUGAUCGGGAUGUGUCGCGUGGGCAGUGAUGCAGAGGGACCUGGGAGAGAGCACUGGACGGCCAUGCUUGCAAAUCCACGCAAACCCAUCGAACACUGGCACCAGCUGCUGGAGGAGAAGACCAUGAACACCUAUGUGUCGAAGAGUACCACUUCCACCACCAAACCUCACAUUGUGGUGGACAGCCCACACUCAGAAUAA